CUUCUCCCAAAUGGUUUGGGUUGGUUAUGGUCUUGGGGCUGACUGCAAGGAGGGUCGUCAGCAAACGGGGUUCUCUCCUACAUGGGUGCCCGCUUCGCAGGGCUUGGGUUGGGGGUUUGUUAUGCAGCCAUUGUCAGAAGGCUCGUGUGUUCCGGGCAGGCAAAGAAGGAGUGGCCCUCCAGCUGUCAUUGGAUGGGAUAUCAUCUGGAAGGAGAUGGGAUGGCGGGGAGAUGGAGAUGGAGAUGGAGAUGGAGAUGGAGAUGGAGAUGGGAUCUGGAAGCCAGCCUCUGCUGGUGGACCACACCUUGCUCCCCUCCUCCGGUCCCUUCCUUUGAUUUGGGGAGCUCCCCUUUCCCUAAUGAAUGGCCCUCCUCCUCCAUCUCAACUCACCUUCCUGAGCAAGAGACCCCCAGAGGCUGACAAGGGUGAGGAGGGACAGGAGCAGCGUCUCCAUGUUGGCCAGAGGCAGGGGGACAGGAGACCAUCCUCUCUCUCUCUACUCCCAAUAAUGGUCUGACUCAGUAUACGGCAGCUUCCUAUGUUCCUUCCUAGUGUGGGUGAGGGAACAGAGGAGAUGCUUAUUAAAAAAUUUAGACAAAUUUAUACAGAGCUGGGUGACAGACGUGGCCAACACCUUAGAAGAGAGCAUCCAUUCCAAAUGAUUAUGGCAGGCUUGAGCAAUGGGCGAACACUGAACAAGGGCACUUUCCAGAUUAAACCCUGCAACAGGGUCUCUACAGAUCGGCUAAGUGUGCUUCCGUACUUCCUGUGUUGUGACACCGCAGUCCCUGGGCUGACAGCAAGGUGGCGUUCAGAUUCCCGAUGCCUUCUUUCGGGUUUUGUCCUUGCGUUUUAGUCCUACAGCGUUGCAUGUGCGUCGCAGAAAAAUAGCUGUAUUUUCCCGUUGUAGGAGUUAGCGAUUCUGGGGAUUGUUUUCAGUACGAUCCUGCCAAGCCGAAUCAUGCUACCCCUGGAAUGACGGCACCCUUUCCAACUACUUGAUUAACUGGAGAUCCCUCCAGUACAAUAUCAAAGGUUAUGUCGUGGUUAAGCCUCCUAUCGACUAAGCCCAGCGAUUCUGAAGAAGUAAUGCUAAAUAAUGAUGAUUGAUUAAAAAAAGGGAAAUGGCAUUCUUUUAAAAAUGUGUGCACAUGCUAUGGGGUGCGUCUGUGCACAUGCUUGACUCCUUGACAACCAAUUCCGUUCAAUAAAAGCUUUUAAGCAAUGAAGGUUUCCGUGCCGAGGCUGGCCCUCUCAUCCUUCCAAUGAAAAGUUGCGUUUGACAGACUGGGCAUUUCCUAGCGCCUUCAGUUCAGGGGUGUGUGGCAAAGACAGAUCGAUUGGGAGUGGUGUGUUUCAGCUUCUCCCAAAGGGUUUGGAAACAGCUUUGGGUUGUUAUUGAGGCUGGCUGGAGGGAGGGUCCUCAGCAAAGGGGGUCCUUUCCUACCGGGGUCCCCCCCAGCAAGGCUCGUCAAGGGGGGUGGGUCAUGCAGGCCUUGUCAGAGGUUUAGUAUUUUCACUAGGCAAAGUGAAAGGAGUUUCUCAUUGCUAUGUCCAGACCACAGUGAUGGAAAGCCAUCUGGGAGAAAGACCCCACCAGCAUGUCAUGAGGAGGCGAUGAAGAAACCGCCCUUUCAGCUGGGAGAGCCAUUCCAACACAUGAAGACGGUGGGCACAAGAAACCAGGGCCCGGCACGUAGAUGAACAGGUGGUUUCCACUGGGAUACAUCCUAACACGGAACUGGCUGAGCAAACAUCCGGUCCACGCCUCUCUCCUCCACUCAAGGGUAUAUAGUAGGCAGAGUUGGAGGCUCCCCACUGAGACUUGGAAGACCCUGGCAGAGACCCCACGGAGAUAUCCGGACCUGCUAGCCACAUCACCGUCCACCCUGCCUCUGGCCAACAUGGAGACGCUGCUCCUCUCCCUCCUCACCCUUGUCAGCCUCUACGGGUCUCUUGCUCAGCAAGAUCUCCAAGGGAAGACCUUCAUUUUCCCAGAGGCCUCCAACACGGCCUAUGUCUUUCUGAAGGACACGCCAAAGGAGCCUCUGACCAGCUUCACCGUGUGCCUGAGAUCCUACACGGACCUGACCCGAACCUACGGCCUCUUCUCUUACUCCAGCAGGAAAUACGACAACGAAAUCCUCCUCUAUAAAACAAAACCCAAUGAAUACAUCCUAUAUGUGAAGAAUCAGUACGUAACCUUCACCACUGAAGGAAACCAGAGCAUUAAAUCAGCCGGGGAGCACAUCUGCAUGAGCUGGGAGUCGGCCACGGGGCUAGUGGGGUUCUGGUUAGACGGGAAACCUUUCCCCCGGAAGGGGCUGAAGAAAGGGGACUCUAUAGAUACGGAGGCCUACAUACUCCUGGGGCAAGAGCAGGAUUCAUUUGGGGGCAGCUUGGAUAUCAACCAAUCCUUUGUGGGGGAAAUGGAAGAUGUGUACAUGUUUGAUCGGGUCCUGUCCCCCAGUGAAGUCAGGGCCGUCUAUUACAAUCAGCUUCCUUCCUCAUCCCUGAUUAACUGGAGAUCCCUGAGCUUUGACAUCAAGGGUUAUGUGGUCUUGAAUCCCUCUCUGGCUAGCUAGAGCAGGGGACGAUUGCCAAGCAGUGGUCUAACAGGUAGGCCAGGUACCCUAACCCUAACCGGCCUUGAGAAUAUUGAAACCUUUGGAAUAAUCAUUCUGACCACUGGGCUGGCUGUGUUGAUCUCAUGUCUCCUCUGCUAGCUAGCUGGCCAAUGGGGCAUAUUUAAGCCACUGGGGAUUCUUUUCUUUUUAUCAGGGGGAAAGGCCUUCUUCAAAGCAUCUCUCGGGGGCUGUGUCUGGUGUCUCCCUUCUGUUUCUUUGUAGAUUGUGAACCCUUUGGGGACAGGAGACCAUCCUUGUAUUCUCUCUCUCUCUCUCUCUCUCUUUCUCUCUCUCUCUCUCUCUCCCAAUGGCUUUGAGGAUGUUUUGUUGAAAAGCGGUGAAUACAUCAACAUUGUCUCCUGAGGAUUGCUGUUAAAACGUGCAAUAAA